AUUCAUGAUUCACUCAUUGAGAAAAAAGAGAGAAAGAGAUGGAUAAGAUCGAGCACAGAAUCGUAAGCACAAACGGCAUAAACCUACACGUAGCAGAGAUAGGGUCCGGACCACCGGUCCUCCUCCUGCAUGGAUUCCCCGAGCUCUGGUACUCGUGGCGGCACCAAAUGGUAUCCCUGGCAUCAUCAGGAUACCGAGCCAUCGCACCGGAUCUUCGUGGCUAUGGAGACUCAGACUCGCCGCCUUCAGUCGACAGUUACACCGUCCAUCACAUCGUAGGAGACCUCGUGGGCCUCCUAAGCGCAUUGAAAGUGGACCAGCCGGUUUUCCUUGUUGGCCAUGACUGGGGAGCCAUAGUGGCUUGGAUCUUUACCCUGUUUCGACCGGACCUGAUUAAGGCCUUGGUCAACAUCAGCGUCCCUUUCGUCCCUAGGGAUCCUUCCAUUAAACCCGUGACCGCCUUAAGGGAUAUAUUUGGUGAUCAAUUUUACAUUUGCACAUUCCAGGAGGCUGGAGCCACUGAAGAACUGUUUGCAAAAGUACCAACUGAUAAAUUCAUAAAAUCAAUCCUCUUGUCUCGAAACCCUAAACCACCUCGCUUUACAAAAGAUCGGAUUCAGGCGUUACUCGAUGCACCAAACCAGACCCAGAUGCCAUCUUGGCUGACGGAGGAAGACGUUCAAUACUUCGCCGGGAAAUUUGACAAGAGUGGGUUCACCGGAGGACUGAACUAUUAUCGGGCCAUUGAUAAGAGCUGGGAGCUGUUUGCGCCGUGGGGAGGAGCAAAAGUAAAGGUGCCUACGAAAUUCAUAGUGGGGGAUUUGGAUCUAACAUACAACAUGCCUGGCGCAAAAGAAUACAUUAAUGGCGAUGGUUUUAAGGAACAUGUUCCUUAUAUGCAAGAGGUGAUUGUACUCGAAGAUGCAGGUCAUUUUGUUAACCAGGAGAAGCACCAAGAGAUUACUGCUCACAUUCUUGAUUUCAUUGCCAAGUUCUAAUCUUUUCGUACUA